CUACAGCGCUGGGAUCAGCGCGUGCGAGAAGGGCGAGCAGUGGCAGCGGGCGCUGGCGCUGCUGAGCGAGAUGCGGGGGGCAAAGCUGGAACCCAACGUCAUCAGCUAUAGCGCUGGGAUCAGCGCGUGCGAGAAGGGCGAGCAGUGGCAGCGGGCGCUGGCGCUGCUGAGCGAGAUGCGGGAGGCGAAGCUGGAGCCCAACGUCAUCAGUUAUAGCGCCGGGAUCAGCGCGUGCGAGAAGGGCGAGCAGUGGCAGCGGGCGCUGGCGCUGUUGAGCGAGAUGCGGGAGGCGAAGCUGGAGCCCGACGUCAUCAGCUAUAGCGCUGGGAUCAGCGCGUGCGAGAAGGGCGAGCAGUGGCAGCGGGCGCUGGCGCUGCUGAACGAGAUGCGGGAUGCGGAACUGGAGCCCAACAUGCGGGAGGCGAAGCUGGAGCCCAACGUCAUCUUCAGCUACAAUGCUGGGAUCAGCGCGUGCGAGAAAGGCAGGCAAUGGCAGAUGGCUUUGUCGCUGCUCAGCCAGAUGUGGGAAGCGAAGCUGGUGCCCAACAUCAUCAGCUGCAGCGCUGGGGCUCUGGCUUGCGAUAGAAGCGAGCAAGGACAACAGGCGAUUUUGUUGCUUUAG